GCCAAAAAAAAAUUCGAUUUUUCUGACAUGCUACACUAGAAUACCCCCUUAAUUAGCUAUUCCACCACCAGGCGUCGCCGCGCGGACGCAUCUGUCGACGCUACCGAGCUCCGGAGGGGACCAACAGAUGGCAGCGUUCCGAAAAUUUUUCUCGCCGCCCGUAAAACGAAAUUGAGCGAAAAACUGCCAGCGUCAGCUUGGUCGCGGGCGAUGUCGCGGGCGCAGUGACGUUUGAGCGGGAUCGCGCGGCAAUUGCACACGGAGGAUCAUCGGUCGACCUGAAAGAAAGAAAAAAAAAAAAAAAGGCACAGUCCGCGAUCGCGUGACUCACUUCCGCUCUCUGCUACGUCACCGUGUGGAGGAGGCGAGGAACCGUUCCCUUCGCAAGAGCUACGCAAGCGACAGGAGCAAGUAUUCCACCUGCAGUGGGUGUGUGAUUCUGCGUGCGUCGCUUUGUGCCUGGCAUCGCUGCUGCGUGUCACCCGGAACAGCCGACCCGACGAUGGCGUCUUACUCCGAGGAUCAGCUGGCCGAAUUCCAGGAGGCCUUUCAGUUAUUCGACAGCCGUGGCGACGGCAAGAUCCACGUGUCGCAGAUCGGUGACGCGUUACGCGCCCUCGGGCAAAACCCAACCGAGUCGGACGUGAAGAAGUUCACCCACCAGCACAAGCCGGACGAGCGGAUCAGCUUCGAGGUGUUCCUGCCGAUCUACCAGGCCAUCAGCAAGUCCCGCACCUCCGACACGGCGGACGACUUCAUCGAGGGCCUGCGUCACUUCGACAAGGACGGAAACGGCUUCAUAUCCUCCGCGGAGCUGCGACACCUCCUGACGACGCUUGGUGAGAAGCUCAGUGACGAGGAAGUGGAAACCUUAUUAGCGGGUCAUGAGGACUCGCAGGGUAAUAUCAAUUACGAGGAUUUUGUUCGUCAGGUGAUGUGCGGUUAAAUAGCCAUUUAAUCGUGUAUAAAAGCGUAUUAUUAUUAUUAUUGUCGUUUACUUUGCCAAUAUCCGUCGAGUCUGUUGAGAGCGUUUUUACUUUCCAAGUAUACCAUAUCAGCAUGUGUACCUAUCUGCGGCGAUUUAUCUCGAGAGAAUCUUAACGCGUACACUCUCUAUUUUGUUAUUACGUACUUAUGGGAAGGUGGUUAACCCUUUUUAUAUAAGAGUCUAAAUUAGUUGAGAGACGAUGGUAGGUAAUGAACAAUCUAGCGCAUUGUGCCUUGACGUAUACUCCGAUUAAUGAGCAUUUAGUGAUAUUGAUAGUAAGACACACACCCGUUGUGCGACCCUUAGCGAGACGAUCUGAAUACCGCGGACAUUCCAAAUUCUUGUAAGAUAGGGCGUAAACGAGGAAAAGAAAACGAGCUGGAGGAUAUUCAGGCUUCGAGGGGGGCAGGCCGCUUAAGCGUUUUUGACUCUCGCGCCGACGCUGGACCGCGUAAUACUUUCUCCCCCUUUUCUCUCUAUCGAGUUCAACGUACUCUGUCUCUGUGGUUAGAAUGUGCGUUCGAGCAUCUUCCAUUUCCCAUUACGUGUCCUAGUAAAAAAAAGUAUGCGAAGAGUACUCACUUUAUUUAUUUAUGCAUGAGCGUAUUUAUGUCUCUGAAAUGCGCAAAGAAAAGAAAGGUAUUGUACAUUGCAAUGAAUAAAACAAUUGCUCCAGAAA